AUGGCCGGAGACAACAGAGACGCGCCGCUGGAAGACGCAGAAAAGGCCGAGUUCGCUCUUGACACGCUGGACGAAGGGACGCGGAAUCCAUCCCUCGCCAGUGCGCAGGAGGGAAUCAAGACCUCCUCGCCGGCUUCUCGCGAGCAAGACGUGGGAAAGAAGAAGAACGGCGAUGAUGGCGUGGAGAUGCGCCAAGUCGCCUCGCACGGCUCGCAACUACCUCUCAGCAAAGCCCGGACGAUCGCCUUGGUGGCAGUUCUCACAGGAGCCGCAUUCCUCAACACUCUGUCGAUUCAAGUCUGCGUCAUCAUCCUGCCCACAAUAGGAGCAGACCUGGACAUUCCCGCCGCUCGGCAACAAUGGAUCGUAUCAUCGUACUCGCUCACGUUCGGAUGCUUCCUCCUACUCUGGGGCCGACUCGCGGACGUGUACGGGAAGAGGAUCAUUUUCAUCUAUGGCAGCGCGUGGGUGAGCGUCAUCACUCUGAUAUGUCCGUUCCUCCCCAACGAGAUUGGCUUCGAUAUCUUCCGAGGGCUACAGGGACUCGGCGCGGCGGCGAACGUGCCCACCGCCAUUGGGAUUCUGGGCGUGACGUUCCAACCGGGAAAGGCGAAGAACUACGCUUUUGCUACGUACUCGGCGGGUGCGCCUUUGGGAAGUGUAUUUGGAAACAUUUUGGGAGGUGUCGUGGGGCAGUAUGCGACUUGGAAGUGGGCAUUCUGGAUUCUGGCGAUUCUGGCUGCGCUCGUCACACUCGCUGGCUGGUACCUGAUUCCACUACCUACGGCACCCCCGGCUGAGUCCAAGGUGAAGAAUGCGGUGGACUGGGUGGGAGGAGUCCUGGUGACGGUGGGACUGGUCAUCCUGCUUUUCGCACUGACGGAAGGUAAUGUGGUCGGAUGGAGCACGCCGUGGAUCCCAGUCUUGAUUGUGGUGUCCAUACUCUUGGUCGCUGCAUUCGUGCUCUGGCAAUUAUAUCUCGAAAACAAGACCACCCGAAGGCCGCUGAUGAAAGUUUCCAUCUUCAAGAACCUUCGCGUGUCGGCUGCAAUGCUGGUCAUGACCUUCUUUUUCGCCGGAUUCAACAGCUUCCUCAUCUUCGCCACCUAUUACUUCCAGGACUACCAAGGACACGACGCCAUCAUGACGACUGUGCGCUUCUUGCCCACCGGAGUCGUUGGUGUCAUGACAAUCUUCGUCACGUCCCAAAUGCUGGCCCGUAUCAAGGUCAACUACAUCAUGAUGUUUGGCACGCUCUGCACAGCAGUUUCCAGUCUGCUGUUCGCGGUGCCAAUCUCACCAAGAACGACGUACUGGGCCUAUGGUUUCCCAGCUAUGUGUCUGUCCGUGUUUGGUGCAGAUACGGUCUUUCCGUCACUUCUGCUAUUUACCGCGCAUUCCCUUCCCCGAGAAGACCAGGCCAUCGGCGGCGCCAUCAUCAACGCAGUCGGUCAGAUCGGUCGUGCGAUCGGUCUUGCCAUCGCGACAGCUAUUCAAGUGGCAGUGCAAGAGAGCAAACAGGGCUCUCAAAAUGCAGCGAUCGGCGGCAAAGAACUGUGGAAUCCAGACUUCUUAUCCGGCCUUCGUGCUGCAGAAUGGUUCAAUUUCGCGAUUAGUUUAGUAGCAUUCGGAAUAGCGACAGUGGCAUUCAGAGGCGCCGAAAAGGUAGGCGCGGCAAAGAAAUAG